CAUCGCAGUGCCCCGCACAUCUACUGUACUUAGGAAACAGGGCUACUAAGGCAGUAAUAAUCAGGGCACCUAUAUAGAGUUCCCACGGUCAUACACUAGACCUACAUGUAUCUACUUGGGGGCGACUUGUUCUACAUGUUGUGCGAAGUAAUUGUCUUUAUGUCACUUGUUGAGAGCCCCUGAGCCACAAGCCGCAAGAGCGCUAGAGUGCCUACGAUGUACCUAGAGGGCAUCGAUCCUCCUAGGUAGAGGUACCUACUACAUAGCGGUAGUGGUAUAUACCUAGGCGUGUACAUAGUAGGUACAUAGCAGUACAUGUGCAUGUGUUUGUACGUGGGUACUUGCUUUAGGUAGGUAGAGCUUCAAGCCUAGCUCCUGGCUGACCAAGUUGCUUUGAGGUGUCUAGGUAUUUAUUUGGUUACUUGAAGCUGCGCAAAUAGUUUACCUUUAUCAUGGGGAACGAAGAUUAACGCGUGAAUUGCAAACAAGACAUACGACUCCAACACCAGCCCCUAGCAUCAUGGCCAACGCAGAGCCACAGCCAGGUCUGCCCUUUCCCACUAACCCACAAGAGUUCGACAGCGAUGAACGUAUCUCCUUCUCACGACUCGACAACAAAUUCAUUGGCGUGCUAGAUGACGGGACUGAAUUUGAGUGGGAUGCCCAGCUGAGGCGAUGGAUCCCCAGUAUCGACGAGGAACUGCUUGCCAAACAGCAGUCCGCCUAUGGCGGCGACAGAGACGCAUCAGAAGACAGCGGUAGCACCAUAAACAAGAAGAGGAAGAAUGGCUCGGCUGAGCAACACUCCAACAAGAGACAACGCGCACCCCCACCUCCCCGCCAGAACACUGCCAUCUACGUCACGGGCUUGCCGCUCGACGCGACAGUCGACGAGGUGCAUGAUGUCUUCUCACGCAAAUGCGGUGUCAUCGCCGAGGAGAUCGACAGUGGACGGCCACGCAUCAAGCUGUACGCAGACGAGAAGGGGAACUUACAGGGCGAUGCACUGGUUGUUUUUUUCAAACCCCAGAGCGUCGAGAUGGCGAUUAUGCUCCUCGAUGAUACCGAUUUUCGAUACACCGCGUCAGGACUCUCGAGUGGGCGCAUGCGCGUGCAGGCCGCUGAUUCGAAAUACAAGAAAACGCAUUAUGAUCGCGAGGGCGAAGACGAUGCCGGCAAUGGCCGUAGCCGCGCUAGGGAGCACGGCGGCAGCAGUACGGCCGCCAACGACAGCAAUAAUAACGGUGGAGCCCACAAUCCCAUAACAGGCACCGGCAAGCCGCGAGACAAAGGUCGCGAGCAAGAUAAGCAGAAGAUCAUAAAGCGGACACAGAAACUCGAUGCGAAACUCGCCGACUGGGACGAUGACGACGACGGCCCCUUUAGCGCCCAGCUCGAAACAAAUGCGCCCAAGGGACGCGUGGUCAUACUGCGUCACAUGUUCACGCUACGCGAGCUUGAAGAGGACCCGGCUGCCAUGCUCGAGAUCAAGGAGGAUAUUCGCGACGAAUGCUCUAAGCUCGGGACCGUGACUAAUGUCAUACUCUACGAUCUAGAAGAGGACGGCAUCGCGAGCGUCAAGUUCAAGACGCCCGAGGCCGCCGCCGCCUGCGUGGACCUGAUGGAUGGUCGCGCAUUUGAUGGCCGCACGGUCCGCGCCACCAUCGCUUCCGCCAAGGAGAAAUACCGUCGCUCCGACAAGGACGGAGGCGAGGACGAGGACGACGAGGAUUGAGGAGACCGAGAUCGAGGAAAUCACACCCAUCAUUGCUUUCCGUUACUAUGACACACACCCAAAUCGCCCUUUCCACCCCCAAUGCUUCGCUGCUUCAGAUGUGCCCCAUUCUGAGGUGUACUGAGAGAUACGCAACCAAUUAUACGUGUCAUCUGUUGCGAGAGAGGUUGAACAUUUAUAGAAGGUGAAUGGCAUUCAGUUUAGCUAGGGCGCGUCAAGUGAAGCCAGCCAUGUAUUUUCUACAUGCUAGAUGAGGGAAUGAAAGAGAAGCAACCGACAGGCCGCCACACCUCCCCAAAUUUCUACGGUUAGGCUCUCUCCACGCUUGAUUAGGUAGAGUGGUGGCUAAGGAGUCAGAGUCUUGACAUCCGCGCUAGGUUUGGUUGGAUAGGGACGAAUAGCUUCAAUGCGAGCUCAGAUCAGCACGGUAAUUCGAAAUUAGUGUCGAUCUUCGAUAUAGAACUCGGUUGUAUUCGUCCCCGUGUAGAUAGACAAGCUGCCUAAGGCAU